AUGUCCGAUCCGUUUGCGAAAAUCGGAGCGGUGUUGGAGUCAGCCAAAGAGCUGACUCUUGAAGCUGCAGUAUCAGCAUCAUCACGACUUCUGGUAGACGACGCUCCCCUGUCAGCGGAGGAAAUCAAAAAGCUUCUUAAUGCGCGCAGCGACCGUGACAGAUUGGCGGGUAUGCGCCAGGUCAUUGGUUUCAUGUCCAAGGGCAGAGGAGAGGAAGCUCAGCAGUUCUUUCCGGACGUGAUGCGAAACACGGCGUCCCAGUCUCUUGACAUGCGCAAGCUCGUGUUUGUGUAUCUGAUCCGUUACGCUCCCAUGGAGCACGAUCUGGCUCUUAUGAGCGUCAACACCAUUCAAAAGUCGCUCUCUGAUUCGUCUCCCACUGUCAGAUCUCUCGGAGUCCGAGUUCUUAGCUCCCUGAGGGUCCCGGCCAUCUCAGGAAUUGUUCUCUUUGCUAUCAAGAAGGGUGUGACCGAUGUUUCGCCAUUAGUCCGAAGAGCUGUCGCAGGAGCUAUCGCCAAGUGCUACGACGUGGAUCCUUCCACAUUCCCACAGUUGGUCGAGUUCUUGCAGCAGCUGCUGGCCGACAAGAACGUUCAUGUUGUCGGGUCGGCUAUCAUGUCCAUGCUUCUCAUCUGCCCCGACCGCCUCGACCUCAUCCAUCCCAUCUACAGGCGUCUCUGCAGAAUCAUCCCCCAGCUCGACACGUUCGCAGCAGCUUCCGUCAUUGAUCUGCUAGUAAGAUACAACCGUACCAAUAUUGCGCCACCAAAGGGCAACAAUUCUGUCGACGCGGACACAGCUCUGCUUUUGUCGGCUCUUUAUCCGGCCAUUGAGAACUCAUUGUCGCCUGUCUUCAUCAUGAGUGCAGUCAGUGCAGUCUACGCUCUAUGCCCUGGACAAGUCCAGCCGGUUUACCAGGAGACCAUCGAGGUGGGACUCGUGAGAUUGCUCAAGAAUGAGACCUUGGAAGUCGCUCUGACCAUGAUCAAGCAAAUUAUUCUUCAGAGAGACCAACCCAACGCAUUUUCCACCCAUGUUCAUCGGUUUGUGGUCUUUCCCGACGACACCGCGUCCGUGGCUCUGCUAAAAAUUGCCAUCAUGGCUUCAAUCAAGGGCCCACGACAGUUUGUGUUGUCGGAACUCAAGCAUUAUGCUACCUCCACCUCUUACGAGCGCGAGGUUCAAGCAGCCGCUGUCUCGGCCAUUGGAUCCUGCGCCUCUGGGGGAACUAACAAGGAGUCCGACUCUCUGGUCACGUGGUUGCUUCGUCAGAUUCGAUCUGAAGCACCCACUUUGUCCGAGUGUCUUACCUGUGUGCGUUUGUUGAUUCAACAGCAGCCUCAGAAGCACGUCGCCACGGUGACUAAGCUGGCCAGAAUUUAUACUACGCUUGACACAUCGGCUGAGACAUCUCCUGCUAAGGCUUCUGUGGUUUGGCUUGUCUCCGAGUUCGUGUCUGUCGCCCCCGAAGUUGGAGAGGCUCUUCUUUACUCGGCAUUAAAAAACGUUGCAUAUGAGGACACACCUGUUCGAGCCCAGAUUAUGGAUCUGGCUUCCAAGGUGUACCUGUUCCGAAUCAAUGAGGUUGGCAAGGCAGCUGAAGGAGAACUCACUGAAGAAAAACAGAUUGAGUUUUCCAGGUCGUUUGUUGGACAGUUGUAUUCGCACGCUCUCUACUGUGGUCGAUUUGAUCCUUCAUAUGAGAUCCGAGAUAAGGUGCGACGUCUAGGAGCGUUACUCAGCAAUCCUGCAUCUACUGAACUGGCUACCCUAAUGCUCCAGGCUCCCAAGCAGGCUCCCAAGGUGGACAGCACAAACACCGAGGGCGGUUUGGAGCUUAACACUGCUUCUGCGGUACUUGGAACACCUCUUAGUGGGUAUGUUUCCCUGCCUCCUUGGGAAAAGGAUCUCUCUGUUCUUCCUGAUGCUCGUCUACGAGAUGAACCUGAGGAGGUGGUUCACAUGGACACCGAGAAGGUAGUUACAGGUAUCAGUCACAAGGAACUGCCGUCAAUGUCUUCCAAUGGUACUAAUGGUAUGACUGCCACCAAGCCCAAGCUGCAGAAGCAGACACUUGAUGAGUUCUUCGCUGAUACUGUUGGGAGCGAAGACAGUAGCGAGGAGGAGGAAUGCGACAGUGAUGACGAUGAUGGUGAGGAGGAAGACGAGGAGGAGAAAGACGAGGAGGAAGAAGACGAGGAGGAAGAAGACGAGGGGGAAGAAGACGAAGAGGAGGAGGAAGACGAGAGCUCGGAAGAAGAUUCAUCUGACGACGAUCAGCCUGCUUCCCAAUCUCCAGUCCCCGCUUCUCAGUCCCUUCUUCAUGAAGAAAACCCGUUCGCCAACAGCUAG